AUGUAUAAAAACAUAAUAUUAUUAUUAAUUAAUUAUUUAUGCCAAUCGUAUAAGGAAAAGCAAAGUUGUGGCAUCCAACAUAAGAAGAAUAAGUAAAAAUUUAAGAAUUUAUAAAAAGGAUGCUUAUGAUGAUAGAAUGA